AUGUCGUCGGAAAAAUUCGAUUCCCGGGCACCUACUCUCGACCCCAGGAGGUCCUUGGAAGCUGAGAAACAAAAUAUAGAAAUCUCAGUAGAAGAACAGCUCUCGAAGGGUGACCAAUCAUGGGAUCCUACCAAAUUACCAUGGGCUCGCAAAAUUCACAUCAUCGUCGCAGGGUUUACUUGCACCUUCAACUGCAAUCUCGGCUCUUCCAUGCCGUCUGGAGCAUUAACUGCCAUUUCUGAGCACUUCUCUGUCACAGACAAGGUCCAGCUCACUCUUCUGAACUCAUUAUACAUGCUAGGAUAUGUCAUCAGUCCCUUAGUAGUAGGGCCCCUUUGCGAGCUCAUCGGACGACGACCCGUCCUUAUUGGGACGUUUCUUGGCUACAUCUGCUACAUUCUUGAUAAUCCAUCAGAAAGAGGCACUGCCAUCUCCUUCUACCAAGCCGUCACAACAUGCGGCCCCCUCAUUGGUCCCAUCAUUUCAGGAUUCAGCUCCCAGUUAUCCUGGAGAUGGCCCUUUUGGGCUGCCGCCAUCAUCGCAUCACCGGGAUUGCCGAUUGUGCUCACGAUUCCUGAAACGUUCGCCCCGGUGCUUAAAAACAAGGAUAUCCGUCGCAAGAUCAAAAAGGGUCUUGAGGGGCCUGAAUCUUUGGAACAAAUGCACGUUUUCAAUCCUCGAAAGAUCUUUGUUCGCCCAUUCGUUCUCCUCUUUACGGAGCCGAUCCUGCUCUUCGCUUGUUUAUAUCUCACUCUGGUUUACUCUGUUUUUUACUUGAUGUUUCAGGCGUACCCAAUUCUUUUCCAAAAACACUAUGGCCUUAGUCCGGGGGUCGCUGGCCUUGCUUUCUUACCGACUGCCCUCGGUGCUAUAAUUGCAAUGGCCAUCGCUGGGUUAUGGACCUGGUACUAUGAUCGAUCCGUCGAGGCUGGCAAACCAUGGGCUCUCCGAGAGGUGAACCGCCGCUUACCGUUGGCUUGCAUGGCUGCUCCACUCAUGGUCAUUGCACUCUUUUGGUUGGGCUGGACAGCAUGGGACUUUGUAUCCCCCGUUCUUCCCGCCUUCAGCGGCUUCUUCUUCGGUCUUGGCUUCCAGCUCGUCUUCAUCGGGAUGAGCAACUACAUCAACGACGUCUUUCGCGAGCUCUCUGCCUCUGCCCAGGCCGCCGCAGGUACCACUCGAUCAAUUGGUGCGGUUCUGCUGCCGCUCGCUGCUGGACCAAUGUACGACAGUCUCGGCAUCCACUGGGCUCCGUCGCUCCUUGGUUUCAUUGCACUGGUUAUGGGCGUGAUUCCCUUCGCAUUCAUCCGUUAUGGGGACAUUCUCGCCGCGAAGAGCAAGUCGGCUCGCGACAUCUAUGGUUAUUCAAGCUCAUAA